CCGGGAGAUAGGGGAGGGCUGGGGUCCCGGCGCGGGGUGGGGGCUGUGGAGUUUGAAGGCGCUCCUUCACGCGCGUGGCAGUGGGGGAGUUCUGGAGCUCAGGAGUGAGUGCCCUUCUCUCUCCUACCCAGGAACAUAGUGCUGGGGUAUCCCUCCGUCCCCGACUCUGGCAAAGCCAAGGAAUUGGUGUCCCCUUGCUCCCUGCCACCCACAAUACCCCUCCCCAGCCGCGCACCCCCCGCCCGCAUUGGAGCCCAGCGCCCGCCAGCUGGGGGUGCGCCAGAGUGCUGGCUUCCUAGUCACCUCUAAAAAUAUCUCUCCCCCAACCCUACCGGCAGCUGCCACUUCCCUGCCCCUGCCCCUGCCUCUAGGAUCCCCUCCCAGAUUGUCCUCCCAGCCAGGCAGUGCCCAGAGGUGACUGCUAGACCCAGACGCCUCACUGGCACCAGGGCGCAGGGCCACCACCGCCAGCUGGUCAGGACCGCAAGCUCUCAGCCCACGAGAGUCUCCAGGGCCAAGGGGGGAGCUCCAGCUGCAAUAUUCCCAAAAGGCGCCAGAGACUCCUGAGUUCUAAUCUCGAUUCCGAUGCUGUGUGACCCCCAGGAUGUUAGCUUGACCUCUCUGGGCCUCUGUUUUUCCUAUCUGCUGUUCAGGCGUGCCUGUUAGAGUAGCUCAGAUCCUGCCCGCUACUCUGAGGGACUCUGGUGACCACAAAAGGAUUUGAUGACUCAGAACAAAGGUGUCAGAGGAACGUUUGACGACGGCUGGAGGCCAACAGAGUCCCUACAGGUGGUGCCCACGGUAAUGCACCGACAAUGAGUGGCUGUUUUCCAGUUUCUGGCCUCCGCUGCCUAUCUAGGGACGGCGGGAUGGCUGCGCAGGGCGCGCCGCGCUUCCUCCUGACCUUCGACUUCGACGAGACUAUCGUGGACGAAAACAGCGACGAUUCCAUUGUGCGCGCCGCGCCAGGCCAGCGGCUCCCGGAAAGCCUGCGAGCCACCUACCGCGAGGGCUUUUACAACGAGUACAUGCAGCGCGUCUUCAAGUACCUGGGCGAGCAGGGUGUGCGACCGCGGGACUUGCGUGCCAUCUACGAAGCCAUCCCUUUGUCGCCAGGCAUGGGCGACCUGCUGCAGUUUGUGGCUAAACAGGGCGCCUGCUUCGAGGUGAUUCUCAUCUCCGAUGCCAACACCUUUGGCGUGGAGAGCGCGCUGCGCGCCGCCGGCCACCACAGCCUGUUCCGCCGUAUCCUCAGCAACCCAUCGGGGCCGGAUGCGCGGGGACUGCUGGCUCUGCGGCCGUUCCACACACACAGCUGCACGCGAUGCCCCGCCAAUAUGUGCAAGCACAAGGUGCUCAGCGACUACCUGCGCGAGCGGGCCCACGAUGGCGUGCACUUCGAGCGCCUCUUCUACGUGGGCGACGGCGCCAACGACUUCUGCCCCAUGGGGCUCCUGGCGGGCGGCGACGUGGCCUUCCCACGCCGCGGCUACCCCAUGCACCGCCUCAUUCAGGAGGCCCAGAAGGCCGAGCCCAGCUCGUUCCGUGCCAGCGUGGUGCCCUGGGAAACGGCCGCCGACGUGCGCCUCCACCUGCAACAGGUGCUGAAGUCGUGCUGAGUCUGGCCGCCUGCAGGGGGCACCCCGGCCAACGGCGGAGGGGGCGGGGAAGGGGGAUUCGGGAAAGACAAAGUUAGUUUUACUACUCCCUUUUCCCUUUGGCUUUGCUAUGUCCCUCCGGGAAUUUCUGGAAUCUCGUCUUUAGGGGCUUGGGGAAGGGGGCUCAGAGCCGUCCCUAUCUAUGCAGUUAACCCACCUUGGCUGCCUCCCCCGCUCCACUGCGCACGGUUGAGUUCUGGAGUCUGACCCAUCGCGGGGUGGCGCGCAAACCUUGGAAGGCAGCAGUGUUUCCUGGUCCUACCAACUGGGAGGAAGGGGCUCCCUGGCAGGUGAGAGAAGGAACAUCUCCCGCCGCUGUAACUGUUGCCUUGGGCUGCGUGACCGCCCCCCCUCCAGUCUGCUGUGGAGGGAACCCAGGAUCCUGAAAUUCUCCUGGCCACAAGGACUCUCCACGGACAGAAGAGGGUCUCCACCUAUGGCCCUAGGCCUUUGCGAUCUUGCUUCACUCAACGCGACCCCACACUAUUUCUGUGCUGUCUACACCCUCUUGCCUUCCGACCUCCGCACUCCCUUCUAGCACCCCCAACGGAAAAGCCAGAGGGAACAAUCGCCUCCUGGUGGUGGUACGAGGUAGCGCACCGUCCGGCCCGGGUCCUGCCAGCCAAUAACCUCGCAGCGUGUGACGGUGUCUCCUUGCACCCCAGCCUCAUCUAUGCAGCAAGAGACCAGGGACUUUACCAAAGUCACCCUUGCAGGCUGGGCCCUCCACGCAUCCCCCUCCCCACCCCCAUGGAACAGAAAGCCAUGAUGUUUUUAAGCAGAAUCAGCGAAACCCAAGCCCCUCCUUCCUCUGGUGUUUUACAACUAUAAAGGAGGUGAAGGGGGAAGAAAUGACUGAGAUCUCUGGCGCGUCAGUCUGAGUUGAGAGUGAGGUGCUCUAGGAGAGUCCCGCUUAAGUCAGGGAGAUGGUUCCCACUCUUGGGCAAGUGCCCAGCCACAUAUGAACACAUCACACACACAGCAAGCAAUGGGCAAAAGAACAAGUUGCAGUCAAUGGCUGCAGAGGGGUGUCUGGGGUCCAAUGUGGGCUGCACUUUGUGGGUACUGAGGGAAUGGGAAGAUGCUGCUUCUGGGGCAGCUGGUGGGUUGGAGGUUGGGGGCUGUAAUUAGCAGCAGCCUUAGAAUUGGGAUGCCUUUCAAUCCCUCCUGGCCCCUUAUCUCCGUGGGGCAGUCACAGGACGUCAUCCAUUUUAUUCAAAGUUGGGACUUGCAGCAGGAGACCCUGCCCUGCAUGGAGUAGGGGUCCUCUGUUGACUAACUUCUUGGUUUCCAGCUCUUCCCCAUCUGCAACAGGCCUCUGGGUAAGUUCUCUCUCCGCAGGACCCCUUCCCUCCACGAUGGGAAGAGGGACAGAACACAGCUCACAGCCCAAGAGCUGGGCAGACCCAGUCCAGCCGUGACUGGAGCUGGGGCUCAUGAAACCCACUCAGUGCAGGCAUCAGCUGCCCAGAGAGCCCUGGGCUGUCAGCAGCUGGGCUCCACAUAGUUUCCGGGGAAGAAUCCAGUCCCCUCUGAGCUGAUGCCCUCGCACCAGCCAUCGGAGUAGCGGCGAGUGACACAGAUGACAGUGCCCUCAGAGAAGGAGAGCUCAUUGUCCUUCUGGCCGAUGUAUGGGUACAGUGUCACCACUGCAGGGCAAAAGAAGAGGGUGCUGUGA